AUGGAGGAGGCUGAGCUCUGCUUUCCACAAGUCAACACCUCCUGCAGGAAGACAAAUCGUCCUCACUGGGAGGCCACACUCAGUUACAGUGUGCUGUCUUUCAUCACUCUGCUCACCGUGGUUCUUAACCUGCUGGUCAUCAUCUCUAUCUCCCACUUCAGGAAGCUCCACACCGCCACCAACCUCCUCCUCCUCUCUCUGGCUGUCGCAGACUUCAUUGUGGGUUUCCUGCAGAUGCCAGGUGAAAUCCUCCUCUAUAGAGGUUGUUGGGAUCUGGGUGACUCAUUAUGUGCUGUAAAUUACUUUUUAGGUUUCCUCUCUGUCAGUGCAUCAGUAGGAAACAUGGUGCUCUUAUCAAUUGAUCGCUACAUUGCUAUUUGUGACCCAAUGUUUUACUCCACCAAAGUUACUCUGACAAGAGCUCGUGCCAUGCGCUCCCACAUUACAGCUGUCACAGCACAACGUUCAAAUACAAUAACUGCCAAGAAAUCUGAGAUGAAAGCAGCCAGGACUCUUGGUAUUGUUGUAGUUGCGUUUAUUGUGUGCAACUGUCCAUAUUACUGUUUCACUGUUGCAGCUGAGAACAACUUUUUAGGGGCCUCGGCUGUAGGUGCUGAACUUUGGCUGUUGUAUUUUAAUUCCUGUCUAAACCCUGUGAUAUAUGUCUUUUUCUACCCCUGGUUCAGGAAAGCUAUUAAACACAUUGUAACACUUCAGAUACUGAAGCCUGGCUCCUCUGAGGCUAACAUAGUGUAG